ACCAGGCAGGGCGGUGCCCGCGGCGGCUUCGGCCGGGGGCUGCGUCGAGUAGGGCAGAGCUCGGGGAACUCGCCGCUGGCAGCCGGGGAGCGUCGGGCUGCGCGAGUGGAGAGGAGCGGCUCGGUUCGGCGCUCUUGUCGCCGCCACAGAGCGGCCCCCGGCUCCGCCCGCCGCCGCCACCGGGGAGAGCCGUGCGGGCGGCGGGGGCGGCCUGACAUGAGAUCAUCGCCGGCGGUGGCAGCAGCAUGGCCUCUGCCGGGAGCGGCGGCCGCGCCGCACCGCGGGACGGGGAGGCCAACGGCGAGCCGGACCGCUCCUUGCAGCUGAUGCUGCGGGCGAUAGCGGAGGAGCGCAGCCGCACCGGCCUCCGCCACGAGAUCAGCGGCCUCGGGUGUUUCAAAGAUGACCGUAUCGUAUUCUGGACUUGGAUGUUUUCCACAUAUUUUAUGGAGAAAUGGGCCCCCCGGCAAGAUGAUAUGCUCUUCUAUGUCCGUCGAAAACUAUCCUAUGUUGGUGAUAGUACAGAUGGGAAAAAGCAGGUUGAAGUUGAAGUUUAUCGAAGAGAUUCCAAGAAGCUUCCUGGGCUGGGAGAUCCUGACAUCGACUGGGAAGAGAGUGUCUACUUGAACCUCAUUCUACAGAAGCUGGAUUAUGUGGUGACAUGUGCUGUGUGCACCCGCUCCGAUGGAGGAGAUAUUCACAUUCACAAAAAGAAAUCUCAGCAAGUGUUUGCAUCUCCUAGCAAACACCCAAUGGAUAGCAAAGGAGAAGAGUCAAAGAUCAGCUAUCCCAACAUAUUCUUUAUGAUUGACAGUUUUGAAGAGGUUUUCAGUGACAUGACUGUGGGAGAAGGAGAAAUGGUCUGUGUGGAGCUGGUGGCCAGUGACAAAAGCAACACUUUCCAAGGGGUGAUUUUCCAGGGAUCCAUCCGCUAUGAAGCACUCAAGAAGGUCUAUGACAACAGGGUGAGCGUUGCAGCAAAGAUGGCUCAAAGAAUGUCAUUUGGCUUUUAUAAGUAUAACAACAUGGAGUUUGUCCGAAUGAAAGGGCCCCAAGGGAAAGGACAUGCAGAAAUGGCAGUGAGUAGAGUUCCUACUGGCGACACUUCACCUUAUGGAACAGAAGAAGAUUCAAAUCCAGACUCCCCAGUGCAUGAGAGACUCACGUCUUUCAGCACACCACCGACUCCAGAACGCAACAAUCGCCCAUCCUUUUUCUCCCCAUCUCUUAAGAGGAAAGUGCCCCGAAAUCGAAUUGCUGAGAUGAAAAAAUCCCACUCAGCAAAUGACAGUGAGGAGUUCUUCAGAGAUGAUGAUGGUGGAGAUCUGCACAAUGCAACAAAUCUGAGGUCGCGUUCCUUAUCUGGAACAGGAAGGUCUCUGGUGGGCUCAUGGCUGAAACUGAACAGAACAGAUGAAAAUUUUCUACUCUAUGCACACUUAACUUACAUCACUUUGCCAUUGCAUCGAAUUUUAACAGAUAUCCUGGAAGUGCGGCAGAAACCAAUUCUGAUGACAUAGCAGAGAGCGGGCACAGCCUUGGAGCCUUGUUGCCAAGUGCCUAACCUCAGCAGUUUUCUGUGCUAACACUACCAUCUAGCGUCAGGAACAUAAACCUCCGCAGAAAAAGGGAAGUCAAAGAAUACCAGCCGAUCAAAAGUGCCUCUUUCUUCCUUCCUCUGCUGUCAUACACCAUAUGCACACUUGCAGUACAUCACUGAGUGUUUCCGACUGGAAGAGGACUUUCAACAAAACAAAAGAAGGGGCUGUGUCUGAAACGUGUCAUUGCUUUAUGAACAGUUUAUUACUAUGUUUACUUUAUAACUAAGAAACCAACAACAUGUACAGAAUGUGUUAAACUUUAUAUUCUUUGAAAGAAACAAUUUCAUAAUGAUGUACUAAUGAGCGUUGUUCCAUUGACUCUUGCCCAUACUCUCCUUGUUGGAUUGGCUUUGUGUGUGUGAGCGUGUGUAUGUGUUGAGACUGAAGGGAUAAGACGAAUUCCUGCUGAGGGAGGAAAAGGGAAAAGAUGCUAUAAAAACACAUUGCCAUUUGGUUAUGUGCAGUGGGUUAGGUCAGAGAUUAAAAGAGGCUUAAAAUGUUCCCAUUUGUUCAUGUGUCAGUGUUAGGACAGGAGAACUCUGCUGACAGAUUCCUGUAUCUACCAAAGAACAGCAACAUUUUCAUCCUCAAGAACCGGUGAAGAAACUGAGCCAGGGAAAAGAAGGCUAAAAUGUGCUGCUAUAGUAAAGCUGAGGUUCAUAUCCACUACUAAUGCUGCUCAUCUCUUUUAGCUGAGUCCAUACAAGUCAGAGGCUAAAGUGGAAAAACUGGAAACCUCACGUGGACUCCAGAAACUUAAAAUCUUAUUGAUAACCAACAUCCUCCUGCAUGCACUGGACCAUAAUACAAAAAGUUGUCCUUGUGGUAGUGUUUGUGGCCAAGGAGGGCAUGAGAGCUAAUUAAUAUCUGGGCAGCUUUCCCAGAUUCUUCUUUUCCUGGUCACGUUCUGCUGUACUGUUACAUGCCGAAGCACAAGGAGUUUUCUUUCAAGGCAGAAGGUUUAAGUGUGAUCCUGCUCUGAAAAGUGACUAAAAAUGUCAUAGUGGGAGGUUUGAAAGUUGUGUCAGGAGCUCUCAGGAAAAAUGCCUUAUGUUUACAGGUAAAAUGCAGCUUUUUCAAAACAGCACAACUGCUGUCCUUGACACGUGAAAUCUAAAUAAUGAGAUGUUGAGUCUACUGCAGCUGGAUUCACCACGUCGAUGUGGGAGCUAGCCAUAGGUCACUUUAUUUAUAGCUGCCUAACUGGCAAAGCAAAGCGUGGGAUAGCAUGUCACUUAGAGCAUGAGGCACUCUGAUAUACGCACAAAGAUCCGUAGAGAGUGGAGGUGCCAUUUUUGUCACUUUUUGGACACUGAGCACCUGAACUCUGAUGCUGGUGCCAUACUUACCAAUAUGAUGUGUGCUCUGAGCUUGGACCUUUUGUCUCCCUCCAAACUCAACCUUUCCCAAAGUGCUGUGUUAUUCUCUUAAUAGCAUCUGAUGACUUAACCUCUCAGAUAGGACUUUCUGCUUUUUUCCUCAGACCAAGUUCCAUUGAAAUAGCUCUACUUCUGCAUUAAAGAUAGAUUAACUGUCAUUCAGCCCAACGUGAUGAAUCCAGUGUGGUAAGGUCUUUUCUUGUUUGAGGCUAGACCUGGGAGUAGUCACCUUUGUCCAGAGUGAUGGUAUUUCUGGAACUGGCAGCAUGAGUGUAUAACAGGGACAUCUGACCAUUUUCUGCUUGCUGCAGAUGUUUUAUGACAGCAUUAGAAAAAAAAAAUUCACUUUGUCAUUGCCAGCACGGCCACUUUGCAUGUUGCAGACUGAGUUUUGCACUGUAAGAGUGUGCACUUCAUGUGAGGCUGUUCAUGCAGUCUAACUUGAGGCAUGCAGGUGAGAUAUCUGGGCUGUCUUACCAGAGGGGUGGACUCCUGAAAGAGCAAGUGAAAUGUUCUCUCAGGGAACUUUAUAGGCAGCCCAGGUGCUUGCUUGAGAUUCCUGGCAGUGCACCUAAUGCAAGACAGUGCAAAUAUCUCCCUCCCUGUGUCCAUGCCAAGAAGUCUUCAGUUAGGAGCCGUGCCCUACUCAGAAGCCUCUGAAGAUGUUCCAUAAUCUGCAUUUUCAUAUUGGAGGGUAAAGUAGUGCUGUUUCCUUUAAAUAGUCACUAGGGAGGGAGGGAGGGAAGAGAGGGUUAGUAUUUAUACUGCUGCUGACAAUUGAUAACAGUUUAGUCAAACAGAAACACUGAUUGCAACCUGAGUGGUAGGUGCCUGAGUACUGCCUAGUCAAAAGUAACUUUUAGUGCAUUUUGAUACCAGUGUGAUAAGUUUGGACAGCUUAAUUUCAUGUGGUCUGAAAGACUUGAGCAGAAUUUGCAUAAUACUUUUAGGCAAAUGGCAAAUGAGGAAAGAUUCUGAAGUAGCCGAAAGGCAAUGUUAUGGAAAGGACAGUGCAAACCUCAAGUCUACUAAGCAAGAAGUAUUGUCUGCUUUGUUAUGUCUAUGUGGAUGAAUCUGAUGUCUGGUUUUUGAAGGGCUGAAUGUAAAAGUCCUGUAGAAGAGUUAAUCAAUGUAUUUUAUCCUGCUAGCAGAUGUGCAGUAUAUGCAUUGAAGACUCAAGUUUUUUAGUACAAAAGGGCUACAGAUAUGCCCAGAUGGAUAUUGCUGGUAAACAGAUUAAAAAAAUUUAUUGAAUGUCUGAUACUUUUGGGAGCAAAUUAGAUUUACUCCAUUUUCAACUAUUCACUCUUUAAACAACUGACUUACAGUUCUUGUGUGUGAUGAAUUUCCUUACAUUGUUAUCAGGUGAGGGGGGGGGGGGAAAAUGUGUGUUUUAUUUUGCUUUUAAGUAAUCCCUAAAAAUUUGUAAUGUAUUAUCCUCAUACAGACAAACUGACAGGGAAGAUGAUACAAGUUUUGUCUGGGUCAGGGUGGCACAGCUGGGCCUUUAGCUUGCUAUUGCACUAUACCAAAAAGAAAAGGGAAUGUUAGUUAGAAACCUUUCACCCUUUUAAUUUUUUUGGGGGGAGGAGGGCGUAAAUUCUAUGCUCUGAAGCACUAAACCAAUAGAUUUGGGCCUCUGUUGGCCACUUAAAUUGCUGAGAAAUGAACUGGAAUGUUCUGCAUGCUGUAAGGACUGCAGCAUUGUAUGGCUGUUGAUGUCCUGACUGUUGGAGUGUGGUGGUUUUCAUUAUGUUGAUGCUUGACAACAGCUCUAUCUGAGAAGGCAACACUGUUAACAAACUUGUGUUGCUUUGCAGAAUCGUUUUAUUUAUUUACAGAAUCUCACCAUCCCUCAAUACCGAGUUAGCUUCCCUCAUCCUGUCUGUUCACUCCCUCUGGGGACCUGAGGCUUACCGCUUCAACUCUUCACUGAUGUUGCAUUUGACAUCUGACAAUAUACAAGGUCGUAUAUUUUUUUUUCAGCCUGCACAGAUUUUUUCACUCUUAUAAAUUUAGCAUGUAGAAAGCCUUUGAGUUGUAAAGAAAGCUCUUAAAUUACUUGUUUUAUAUUAGCAGAUGAUUGCUUUGCCUUAGAGACCACAGUGUAUGUAAAAUCACAUUCUCUUAGUGCCAGCCAGCGCAGGAUGGGAUCCAAGUCUCCUUUGAAAAGAAGCCAUUUCUAGAAAUUCAACAAAUCUUUCAGCUGUCUUGGCAAAUCCAGCUUGUAUAGGUUCAUGUUCCUCCUUUUUUGUUCUCUUAGUCAUUGUUGUUUACAAGGCUUGAGCAUGUUGGGAUGUGAAUCCGUGUUACCCAUUUCUGGGCACAGUGUGCUUUCCUGAAAAGAGAGUUGUUUGCAAGAGUGAUUUUUCACAUACAAUGUCUUGCCUGAAGUGUAUUAUUUUACCAUGUUUUAACUUAACAGUUGGGUCCUUGGUUUUGCAAACAGAUUUCUUCUGGCAGAGCCUCAUGUGCAGAGUCCUGUGCUAGUCACUGAGGUUCUCUUCUCUAUAACAAAGUCUGCAUAAAGAGUCUACAUGUUUAAGCUAUUGAGCUGCUUCUUGCCAAUCACGAAUGUUUCAAUUCCCAGGUGAUUGCUUGCCCUGUAGUCUAAUUUUUCCCCUUAUUAAAGAUAUAAAAUCUUUAAAAGUGCCUAAGUCCUGUUGUUACCCAAUGAUGUUUAAGAAUGAAUUUUUAUUUAUGAACAGAAUAUGCUUAAAUUCUGUGUGGUGUAUAGCAGUGUCAGGAAAUAGGUUUAUAAUUCUUGGAUGAGCUCUCCAUCUCCUACAGACUCGCCCUUCCUGUUAGGUUCUCAUGGUCUUCAGAGGUCGUGGCUGAAAGCUCUGGAAAAUUGAAAUCUUGCAAUCGGAGCAGUUGGAUGUCUGUGAAUGCCUUAUUUUGUCCUGUGUAAUAUGACUGAAAAUGUGUGGCGUUGGUAUGUAACAAAAAUUCUGUGUCAAAAAUAGGUGCAGUAGAAUCCAUUGAAAGGCAUUGUUAAAUAAGAAGCUUUUACACCAAACGUUAUGAAACAGUAUUUUACACCAGAACAGAGGUGUUUGGAUGCUUGGUCAAGAAAAUGUAAGACUGCAAGAAGGUUACAGUGUGUUGAAUGUUCUGUGUGUGUGUGUGUGUGUGUGUGUGUGUGUGUGUGUGUGUGUAUAUAUAAAUACUCUCAGCUUAAUUUUAUCAAACAAACACGUUGCAUGGUUUGUUUUUUGCCUCAUUGAUCAUCAGUGUUGAUUAAAAGAUGCUGGGUUGGAAAUCUUGCUGGUACUGUAUUGAGCCCUAGAAACAAAGUGCAAGGAGAACCUUUUGUGCACCAAAAAGAGAGUUGAUUUUGCAUAUGGCAGCAGCAAAGAAGGCGUUGGACCCUGCAGCCAAUAAACAGACCUCUUAAACGACCAUGAACUUUGUUUUCUCUCAACCAUGCCUGCUGGUUUUUGAGUUUGAAUGUAUUCUUUACUGGUAGCACCCUGCGGCACUUGUAACAAGUAAUACUUGCCAAAUAGACACUCGGAGAAAAGAUAGCUUAUUUACUCUUCAUUUUUUUUCCAUUUUGGGCAAAGCCUAACUUAACUCUGCUUGCUGAAUCACAUUGUAUAAAGGGAAAGAGGGUUCAAAUCACUGUUCUCCCGAAUCUGUUUUAAAAUUCUGAGUUCUCCAUUAGAUUGAUACUUAGAACAAAAGCAAAAUUAAACAAACAAACAAACAAAAAAAAGCCCACAGAAAACAAACAAAAAAAACAAACUGACAACAAACCAAAACCAAACAACAGAAAAUCAGUUCUUCUGAACAGUAGUUUUCUUUUAAACUAAGCUAGGUGGCUGUAAGUAUUUAGACUUGACUAGAGUUUAAUACUGAGAUGUGGUUGGCUACAGGGAUUCCUUCCUGAUAAGUUUAGGAAGAAUGUGGACCUGUACAGUAUUGUUAAAAAUGUUCUUUAGCUCUUACUUGCUUUUGCUAUCUUAAGUUGUACUUAGUGGCAUUGAGACAUUUUUUAUUUGAAGAAUUGCAAGGCACUGCACCUUUCCUUUCUAGCUGACUUUUGUGACUAACGUUUCAUAGUCGGCAGUUUCAGGGGGUAGGCUUCUACUUAAAAAUAGUUAAAAUGAAACACAAACCAAUUAUGAAUUUAAGGUGGUGGCACUGAUGCAAACUUUAAUUCGUACGCAAACCAGUGUGUUCAUCAAAACCUGAUGCCACCUAGUAACAGAGUGCCUGCACUAAGUCUGGACACGUUGCUUUGCUCUUGAAGAUGAGGAGGUUGGUAGAGCCCAUUUCUCUAUGCCUGCAUUUCAAGCAAGUGUGUGCUUGAGAAAAAAAAAAAAAAAAGAUACAUGAUCAAGGGACAAGAAGAGUUGUUAUUCAAGCUUGGUUCCCCAUGAGGAAUUCUGAAUUCCAUACUUCCUGUUAAGUAUAUCCAUAGAUAACCUGCUCAUCUGCUCCUUAUGUGCCAGGCAUAGAUGAUAGAUAAUUCACGGCAAUCAUUCUGACUUCAUUUUAAUGGUAGGAAAACACUUGAUUUCAUAAAUUGUCAGUGGUGUUUGUAUUUGGGAUGUGACCUAUGGUUUUCAGUAUUGCAUAUUUGCUUUUUACAGUGGAGAAACCCGCUGCAGCUUUUCUGUGAGACUGUAGUCAACAGAAUUACCAUUGCAGGUAAGAGGAACGUGUGAAGUGCCCAUGGUUUAGGUGGAAUUCAAAAACCAUAAGUGAAACAAAAUCUUACGUCAUUUAUGAUGGAAGAUAGCAAACCAAAGUCAGAAAUGGCUACAUACCUGAUUACCUGAGCUUGCAAAUACUAGUGUCUUUAAAGCCUAUGCUGAUUUCCAGAGAUGACCAGUUUCUGCACCUCUCAGUAAAGAUUGUUCCUAAUUGUAAUUCCCACGAAACAGGUGUUAAUGAAUAUUUAUUUUGAUUAUAAUGCUUACUAAUAUUCAGGAUGUUGGGUACGGAUAGAAGGAUUUGUAUCUUCUAUCUCUGAAAAAUGAACAGCAUGUUUUAUCUGAGCAGAAGUCUGCCAGAAACUUGGAAAGGUGUAUCAGUGACUGUCAAACAGUGUAAUUUUCUUUUAGCUGUAUUGUCAUGUUGUGUGGCAUCACCAUCCUUCUGUUGGUUCUCAUGUACCACUCAUGUUUUGUGCAGCUCCAUACCAUAACUUGUAGAGUGGUGUAGAGGUUAUCAUCCACUCGCCACCUACUGAAUAGCCAAGGAAGUUUGUUGCUCUUCUGUCUGAACUCUUCCAAAGUUUCAAAUGUUGUCAUCUGGAAGGCUGUGUUACUCAAAACUGCUCAAUUGGCUGUUGCUCUUGAUUUGGCUUUCAGUUUGUCUUUAGCACUGGAAUGAUUAGAACCCAUCAUCUGUCUGCGGAUGUGCUGUUUGUAUUGCUGUAAAGUUUACUUGUCAGCUUGUUUUUAUAGCAUACAAUAUGUGUGUAGUGCUUUUUGGAUGCAUCUGUUCUUCUGUAUGACUCAGUUGCUGUGACCAGUCUGCUCUAAGGAGUGUUUCCCUACUGGACUAGGAAAGAGAUUGAUUUUGAUAAUACAGAUUGUUCUUGAA